AAAACAGAUGUAUACCCAAAUGCACUGUCGAUGUAUUUGAUGAAAAUAGGAAAAUGGAAAAUACCUAAGAACAUUAUAAAAACAUCAUUUAACCAGAAGUCAAUCGAAUACAUUUUUGAAAAGGAAAUGUCAAAUGAUUUCAAAAAGGGCCUUUGGAAGGAUUUGGAAUUGAAGACAAGAUAUGCAUAUACGGCGCCAAAAUUGAAAGGACAUUCAAAAGACAAAAAAGAUGAAAAAUUGAACGUUAAUACUUCUGGUCUAUUUGGAUUGAUCUUCUUUGCUCUCUUGAAAAGAAAAUGCUACGAAGGUGCCAAGCAGCUUAUAGAGACAGGCUGUGUUCGUAUUCAGCAUCUUUUAGUCGGAUGUGUAAUUCUGCAAGAAGCGGCAGAUGACUGGCAGACUAGUCAACUUCAGAGGGGUCAAUUAUUAAGGAUGAAAAC